UUGAAAAUAGGACUUGAAAUACAUGCCCAGCUAAAGUCCAGCAGAAAGCUGUUUUCCCUUUCUAAAAACACGACGUCGCUUCUGGACGUCCGUCCAAACACCACAACCUCGUUUUUCGAUGUAAGUCUUCCCGGAACGCAGCCCAAGCUCAACAAAGAGCCGUUACUUCUUGCACUCAAAACGGCCCUCGCUCUCAACUGUUCAAUAAGCGAGGUCUCGAGUUUCGAUCGAAAACACUACUUCUAUGGAGACCAGCCUCUUGGCUAUCAGAUCACGCAGCACUACGAGCCAAUCGCUAGGAAUGGCUACCUCAAUUUGACCAAAUACGAUCUCCCGAAAGAAAAAACAAUUCGCAUAGAACAGAUACAGAUCGAGCAGGACACCGGACGAACCUUGUACAAAGAAAAAGACCACAGUCACGUGGAUUUCAACAGAUCCAAUAUCCCUUUGAUAGAAAUGGUGACAAAACCGGAUUUCUCUAGUGUCGAGGAGGUAAGAGCGUUCAUCAAAAAAUUCCAACAGACUUUGGUAAAUCUCGGAGUUUGCACAGGAGAAUUGGAAACAGGCGCAAUCAGAGUAGAUGUGAACUUGUCUGUGGACAAUAACAGUAGGAUUGAAAUCAAAAACUUACCCACAACAUCAGCUAUUGUCGCGGCAAUCCGUUAUGAAUAUAAAAGACAGUGUCGAUUAAUUGAAAAAGGUGAGCCAAUUACAGAGGUUGAGACGCGAGGCUGGGAUGGAAAGAAAACACAGAAAUUGCGUUCAAAAGAAGACGCAAUUGAUUACCGCUACAUGCCGGACCCUGAGCUUCCAGCAAUCAGGCUAAAACUCGAAGAUAUUGUGCCCAAGAUUCGCGCCACGCUGCCACCGUCUGUGGACGAACAAUUGCACGAAAUUCUUCAGAAGUACGAGAUAAAGCUUAGAGAUGCCAACAUCCUAUUGGCUGACCACGAACUGAUGGAUUACUACAAAGAACUUUACAAUAAAUGUGUUCAAUCAGGAGUGCCUAACCCUAUAAACUGGCUCACACACGAGCUUCUCGGAAGUUUGAGCAAAUCCAACAUGGCGUUCGAAAAGUCGGUGCUCGAGGUAGACAAAUUCGUGGAGCUUUUGGUCGCGCUGCAAAAUGGCCUGAUGACCAAGACGAACGGAAAGUUGUUACUCAUGCAUCUUAUCAACAACCCACAAGAUCAGAAAGUGCCAAUUGCUCAGCUCUUGGAUGAAUUCGAUCUCACCAAGACAGACGAAACAGAGCUAUUGGAUCAAGUAACCGAUAAAGUCAUUGUUGAAAACCCCAGCGUGGUGGAACAAGUCAUGGGAGGAAAGCCCAAAAAGCUAAACUACCUUAUCGGACUUUGUAUGAGAGCCAGCGAGGGGAAAUUCGACCCAAAACUGAUUGAGGAUAAACUGAAAGAGAAGCUGUCAACCUUGCCAAAUACUACCAAAACAUGA